AUGGACGACGCCAUCGUUCAAGCCCUCCAAGCCGACAACCUCAUCGAAGUGGCGCCAUCUAUCAAGAGCGCGCGCGACAGCGUAUGCCUGCAGACUUUAUUAUCCCUUCUGAUCGAAGGCACCAGCGGUCUGGUGACGCUCUUGGGGCUGCCGUGGCCCUCGCUGGACGUUGCCAACCAGCAAGGCUUGACGCCGCUGCUCAUUGCAGCGACGAAAGGGCACGCGGCGCUUGUCUCGCUGCUACUCGAGCACGGCGCCGGCAUCGACUUUGCCACGAGCAGCCAACAAACCGCCCUCUUCAUGGCAGUCGCACACGCGCGUGUUGACGUCGUCGAGCUCUUGCUACGCUUUCGUGCCAACCCGAAUGCACCCAAUAAGCAUGGCGAGACACCUCUGUUUGCAUCCGUAAAGAGAGGCCUGCGGGAGAACCACGAAUUGAUUUGGAACCUCCUACUGGGUGCUGGCGCGACCGUCCACCAUCGCAACAAGGAGGCUCGCUCACUGCUGUCGACAGCAAUUCACACGGAAAAUCACCACGAACGCAUGGUGUCGCUGGUUCUCUCGACGCCACCGCCGGUGCCAGUGCUGUCCGAGGGGUUGUGGCAUGCGCUGCCGUAUCCCAACUUCCUUGCGCUACUGCUUGCCGCCGACGCAGACCCCAACUUGCAGAACUAUCUCGGCUCCACGCCGCUGCACGAUGCGAUCGGAGACCAGACCUCGCCGUGUCGCCUCCUCGGUGCUGGCGACCAAGAGUUUUGUAGAUGGGGCACUCGCCUCUUCCACUCGCCUCUUCCACUCGCCAUCUACAGGCGCGUGUACGACUUGGAUAUCGUGCGCCGCUUGCUGCAGCACGGCGCCGACCCUCGUUUCGCAGCCGACGACUCGCUGUACAUUGCCAUCGACAUGGACCGCGCAGCGAUUGUCGCGCUUUUAGCGCCGCUCGUGGAGGUCAACACCCUGGGACAUCGCCAAAUCGUACGAUACCUUCUCCAGACCAUCUUUCCCACCAGUACUUUGGAGACGCGCGAUCUCUCUUGGCAACCCGACGCUACGCUGGAAGCUGCGUACGCGCUUUUAUGGUGCGGCUUUGGCACCGCCAAGCCGCUGGCGUACACGCAGGUCGAGCUGACGUACAUGAACGCGCUCUACCAUGCACUCAACCAGCCGCAACCUGCGCCACAGGAUCUUCUCGCGGAGGAGCUCACUCUGCUUGAGGCGCACUGCGUGACGCCGCUGGGCUUUGUGCCCAACACGGCGUACGGCGUGAGCCACUGUGACGACGUCGACGUCACCGCCAUCGCGCUGGCCUUGUGA